GACCUGAGUGAUUUGGUUCCUCUUGCACUAGCGAAAAACAGUAACACACAUAGACUGCUGAUUGCAUUGCAGGAUGAGAUGAGAUGAGAGGAACAAGAAAGAUUUGAUUUUGUAGAGAAAGAGACAGACAAAAACACUCAUUUAUUGUCUUUUCAUCUCUCUCUCUCUCUCUCUCUCUCUCUCUCUCCAUCUCUUGGUUCAUUCGUUCGAAAAAGGGGAUCGCAACACACACACACGGAAUUUUCUCAAGAUUUAGAAAAAAAAUGGAAGAAGCAAAGGCACUUCAUCAGCAACAGCAGCAACAACAGCAACAACAACAACAACUAUUGAUUCAAGAACAACAGCGACAACAACAACAACAACAUUUUAUGCUCUUACAGCAAUUGCAAAAGCAGCAGCAACAACAACAGCAAGCAGCUGCGAUUUCUCGAUUCCCAUCCAACAUUGACGCUCACUUGCGUCCCAUAAGACCGCCUCUCAAUCUUCAACAAAACCCUAACCCUAACCCUAAUUCCAAUCCCAUUCUUAAUUUACACCAGAACCCUAAUUCAAACCACCAGCAGCAGCAACAGCAAAAGAUGAUCCGACCCGGUAAUCAAAUGGAGCUCCAGAUGGCUUAUCAAGACGCUUGGCGGGUCUGUCACCCGGAUUUCAAGCGACCCUUUUCUUCUCUUGAAGAUGCCUGCGAGAGAUUAUUGCCAUAUCAUGUUGUGGCAGAUUAUGAAGCCGAAGAGGAUGAUAGGAUACUUGAUUCCGACACAACUGGCCAGAUGCUUUCAAGGUCCCAGCAGUGGGAUAAUAAUAUUGCUGCUAAAAUUGCUGAGUUUACCGCAACUUUUGAGAAGCAAGCACUUGCCUUCAACAUAAUAUCGCAAAAGAGAAGUUUGGGAGAAUUUCGGUCUGAGGAGAGACUAAUGAUUGAACAGGCACUUCUCCAAGAGGAAAAACGGGCACUGAUCGAAUUAAGAGCUGAAUUAGAAUCCAGGGAGAAGGCUGGUCGUGAAGCCCACGAGGCUAAACUACGGAUGGCAGCAAUGUAUCAAGCAGAGCAGCAGGCAAGGGCUGAUUCACAGUCUCAUGCUGAAAUGAUGUCUCGAGCCCCCAUAAGAGGGAGUGCACUUGGAUCCCAAGGGAGUGAUAUUGGGAUUGUUGGCCAUGACAUGGGAGAUCAGGAUCACGGUGAGAUGAUGAAUGGAUGGGGAAACAAUGCACAGAGAGAUGAGAAGGAGCCAUCUGAGGAUUUCUUGAACGACGAAGCUGAAAAUGGUGACACUGGCACGCCCGAUGGCUGGCGUGAGGUUGGUGAAUUUGAUUUGAAUGCUAGAUGAGAUGCUUGAAUAAGCUAUUCGGGAUAGCUUGAAUUAUGUGUAAGGAUCACUAUCCUUUAUAAAAAAAAAAAAAAAAAGCAUUUUCAUGUGUAUCUGCAAGUUAAUAUUCUUGCGAUUACUAUUUCUAAAUUUACAGGGGCUGAAGUAAAAUCUAUUGAACCAAUAUUAGAUUGGAUGAAUAGCAAGUUUAUGCUAUUAGCCUAGUGUUAGCACUCACAUGGUUGGAUUGGAUCAUUAGGUCCAAAAGCAGUGUUAUAUAAGCACAAAUAUUCAGUCAAAGUGUACAUCUUAAAUUUUUCUGGGAAACUCUACUUUCACCAUUCUAUACCACCAUUUAUUUUGGUAAAAA